CCGUACACAAAUACUUGGCUGAUGACGUGUACACUGCCCUACCGUUAGUAAGCUAGCUUAGCCGGCUGUCAGAAUAAGGGUCGCUAGAAAGAAAAUAAAAAAGGUAGCGAUACAAGAAAAAGGGUCUUCGUCACACAUGUAAAAUGGAGACGCUUUACCACCAAACAAAUAAGCAAAUCCAGGAGGUUCAGUGUCUGAUGGGAAACCUGGAGAAGACAGACCGUCAGUCAGUUCACUUGCUAGAGAAUGAACUCCAGAUCCGGACUGACCAGAUCCUCAAUCAGCUUGAGCGACUUGAGAUCCUGGUCAGCAAGGAACCACCGAAUCGCCGCCAGAACGCCAAAUUACGAGUCGACCAGCUGAAGUACGAUGUGCAGCACCUACGGACCGCCCUACAAAACUUCCAACAUCGACGCUAUACCAGAGAGGCGCAGGAAAGAGAGAGGGAGGAACUGCUGAGCCGCACUUUCACCACAAACGAUGCAGAUACAUCCAUCCCCAUUGACGAGACUCUGCAGUUUAACAGCAGUUUGCACAACGCACACAGAGGAAUGGAUGACCUGCUGGGCAGCGGCAGUGGCAUACUCAACGGCCUCAGAGAUCAGAGAUCUACACUCAAGGGAACCCAUAAGAAGAUGCUGGAUGUGGCCAACAUGCUGGGGCUUUCGAACACUGUGAUGAGGUUCAUAGAGCGGAGGGCCACACAAGAUAAGCUCAUCAUGAUUGGAGGCAUGCUGCUGACCUGCGUCUUCAUGUUCUUGGUGAUCAGAUAUCUGGGCUGAUCCGUUUCUGCAGCCCGUCAUCCCACAGGAUAUGAAAUUUUACAUUCAGUCAUUUUUAAUAAUGGUGCCAGAACCUCCAAAUGGGUUUCCACCAUUAUCUUAAGAAUUUUGCUAAAUGUUAAGGUUAAAAGAUCUCCUAAACUUCCAGUAUUUUGGGCGAUUAAAGCUCUUAGAGGAGAUCUGCAGAUUCACUGCCAAACACCCUUCCAUCAAAACCACUGUAGGAACUGUAAAUCUUUGCUUUUGUCUAAACAGUAAUUUUGUUAAAGUGCUUUCUUCUGCAUUUGUAUUGCAAAUGAAGAAGUCUUCAGAAUACAAUGUAUAAUUUUAGUUUCAAACUGUUUUUUUUUUUGUAGUCUUAAGAGUUUUUAGCACAUUCAAGAGUCCAGCAAAGGUGGAGCUGGACCUUAAACAGCAGCAUAAACAUGAAACAUCAUCUCCUAUAUGUAAAACUGAAACUUAUCGAAGGAUUUGUUUGUGCAGAUUAAAUGAAACAAUUAUCAGAAUAUAAAAUUCAGUUAAAUAAGUAAGCAGUCCUCAGAAUGAUGUGCUUUCUGUAUGGGUCUAGUCUCACUGUGUGAGUGAUUUAACCAACAGAAUAAACUGUUUCCUUUGUAAACCUUUA